AUGCGCGGGGUGGCGAUGGUGUCGAUAGGGAUGCUGAUUGCGAUAGAGGUUGGAGGUUUCAUGGCACUUGCUGCAGCCACUGCCAGUCAUGCGUCCCCUCUGUUCCUCGCUCCACCUUCGUCACCUCCGUUCAAAGCUCAUAAUGGCUUCAAUUUCCGGGAGAGAAUGCUGAAACAUCCGCUUUACAGCGCGUGCAAAACUGAGGGUGGAGAAGAUUCUUCAAAGAGAUUCCUGGGUUCGAGGAGGCUUGCACUGAUUCGAAAUGGCUUCAGAAAAGGGACCAUGCCCCUGGACCCGCAGGUUCGUUUCCUGGGAUCGAGAAGACUUGCCUUUAUCAUUCGAAACCUUUUGAAACCGCAGUACAUCGACGCUGUCAGAGAGAAUCAGACAGGGCGAAUUGCGUUGGCAUCGAAGGAAUUUGAGGUUCAAAUGGUCGAACUCAAGAAGGACACUGAAAUUGAAGAUCAGACAUCUGUUCAGAUACUUGAAGCACCCCCGGACAUAGUGCGCUCCUUCUCAUUGGGAGGGGAGCAUAAGUUCCAGCAAGCAAGGGAAGAGAUUUACAGCCUAGCUAUUCCCGUGUUCCUGGAACAGAUUUCAAAGCUUGAAGAGGUUUCUUCGUGCGAUGAAGUGAAAGGGCCGCUAGACAACACAACAUCCGAAGUCUAUCUGGCAUGGAGAUGGGGCAGCAAGGAUGUGUCAACCAAGAUUGUCAUAUCUCAUGAUUUCCCUUCAGGAUUUAGAGUUUCAACUUCAGACCAUAAAUUGCUUGCAGUGUCAGGGAGUUUCGUCUUCAGCCAGCAGCAGCAUGGCUCAUGUGCUUUGCGUUACAACUUGGACGUGGAGCACGAGGUGACCUUGCCUCUCAACGAGUCUGCAGUUGCAGCGGCCCUGAAGCGAUCGUGUACGGAGAUAGCGCAGAGGAGAACUAAGACUCAACAACCAGACGCCGAGCUCCAAGUCCAGCCUUCCGUCGAAGGAUCGCGUUCUCCAUCCAAACCAUCACCACCGAAGAGCACGAAGCAUGGCGCGCACCAUGACUCAGAGGCCAUGUCCGUCUCAAGAUCUAUGACUGUACAUGCACCAUCCACGAUAUGUUUUCAGAUUGCUUCUGAUGUACACAGCUAUCCUGAGUGGGUUCCUGCAGUCAAGAACGUCAAGGUUCUAUCAACCCUGGACGAGGGCAAGGCGUCUCAAGCCGAGCUCACUUUCUCGGCUCUUGGAUACAGCCUGUCGUACAUGGUGGACUACGAUUUAGGGGUCUGUAGCAACUCGCCGCACGCGUUCAGCUGGGACUCAUUUGGGAACGGCCCGGGAUCAAUCGAGGGCUCGUAUGGCUUCGAGAGCCUGGGAGAGAACACGACGAAGAUACACUACAAGCUGACCAUUGACCCCGGGAUGAAGGUACCGCACUUUAUCAAGAGCACAUUGAUGAAUACGAUUGCACACUCAGCCCUCCAGGUGGAUAUCUAG